UUGUUCCUUGCAGCCAGGCAGCAUGGCCGACUGACCGGACUCUCACAGGGAACAGGAAGUCAGUCAGGGCCGAGGUGACAUGGCUCUCCGCAGGUUACCAUCAUCCACUUGUGCAGAGCCGUGGUCCAACAGUGCCGGGUUUAGCCGGGUGUCCACUGCGCUCAGCGAGUCCUCGUCCAUCCACAGCGACGCCCAAGGCCUCCUGACCCGGGACUUCCCCGUCGCCGGGCUGAGGCCCAUGCCCUGCAGCGUCCUGGAGCCUCAGAGCCACCAGGAGGAGGCCGAGGCUGAGGAGUCUCAGAGUUUACUGCAGAAGCGCAACAGCAUGCAGGUCUCCCCGAGCGAGGACAAGAUCCCGGUUGUAGACGCACCUUCAAGCCCUCAAGCCAGCAGCGAAGGUCUGUACUUCUGCGAUGGCCUGCGGAAAGUGGACUACGUUUUGGUUUUUCAUCACCGGCGGCACGGCUCCCUGCGAGGCACCGGCACCGCCUCAGUUUCGCAGGAUCAGCUGUCCAUCGUCUCAAAUGGCAACUUCCCUCCGCCAUCGGGCUCUUCCGACGCAGCGGCCGGACGAGGAGCCGGCCUCCGCAGGGAGGAGGCGGCAAGCGUCGGGGAGGUGUUCAUGGAGCUCGGAAUGGCGAGGGGCAGCGAGCCGAUGGAGGCCGCUGACCACGAGAUGCACCUGAUCAGACAAGAGUUUGAGGCCAACCUCCUGGAGGCGGGCCUGGAAGUGGAGAGAGACAGAGAGACGAAGACCCACGGGCCCAGCUUCACUCGGAUCCACGCGCCGUGGCCCGUGUUGUGUAGAGAGGCCGAGUUUCUCAAGAUUAAAGUUCCCACCAAGCAGAGUUACGAACUCAAAGAAGAAAGUGGUUUUGGGUCCAGUAUGAGCUCAGUGUGGAGGAAACUGAACCAGCCCUUUGAGCCCAAAGUACCACACCAGGACCACGGCAGCACCAAGUUUCUGUCCCACUGCUUCUCCAGGGACAAACUGCACAUGUACAACAUCACGUCUAAGGACACGUUCUUUGACAACGCUACAAGAGGCAGAAUAGUUUAUGAGAUCCUGAGGCGGACGGUGUGUGUACGAACAUGUCAAACCAUAGGCAUCAGCACGUUGAUAGCCAACGGCGUAUAUGACGCCGCCUUCCCUCUUCAUGAUGGCGACUUUAAGGUCACUGGGCACCUGGAGGAGCGCAACGACAGACAGGUUCUUUUCGAAGAGUGGGCAAGAUACUUGGCCUUCUACAAGUACCAGCCCAUUGAUCUGGUCAGGAAGUACUUUGGAGAGAAGAUCGGCCUGUAUUUUGCAUGGCUUGGUGUUUACACCCAGCUGCUCAUCCCGGCCUCCAUAGUGGGAAUCAUCGUGUUUGGAUACGGCGUGGCGACGGUGGACACUAACAUCCCCAGUUUGGAGAUGUGCGACGAGCGUCUCAACUUCACCAUGUGUCCGCUGUGCGACGGCGCCUGCGACUACUGGCACCUCAGCACGGCCUGCGGCACCGCCAGGGCUUCGCACCUCUUCGAUAACCCUGCCACCGUCUUCUUCGCCAUCUUCAUGUCUCUGUGGGCUGUGUUGUUCCUGGAGCACUGGAAACGGCGACAGAUCAGCCUGAGUUUCAGCUGGGAUCUGACGGGAAUCGAGGAGGACGAGGAACAUCCCCGGCCAAAGUAUGAGACCAUCCUCCUGGAGAAGCGACAGAGGAAGCAGCAGCAGAAGGCGAAGAAGAAGAAAAAGAAAAAAAACGAGCCAGAGAAGCAGGAGGACGGGACAGUGACAGGGAAGGACAGAUGGAGACAAAAACUGCUGUCUGCCAUGGCUGCAGGAGUACCGAUGGUCGCCGAGAAGUUGACGUGGAAAGACCGUCUCCCUGGAUACUUCAUGAACAUUUCCUCUAUCCUUUUCAUGUUUGGACUGACGUUUUCAGCGGUUUUCGGCGUAAUCAUCUACCGCAUCACGAUCUCGGCCUUGAUGGCAAUGAGCCCGGACCCUGAGACCAAGUCCAAUGUCCGGGUGACCGUGACGGCCACCGCUGUCAUCAUCAACCUCGUGGUCAUCCUGAUCCUGGAUGAAAUCUACGGCAGCGUGGCACUGUGGCUGACGGAGCUAGAGAUUCCUAAAACGGAAACCAACUUCGAAGAGCGCCUCAUCCUUAAGGCCUUCCUGCUCAAGUUUAUGAACGCAUACGCUCCCAUAUUUUAUGUGGCUUUCUUCAAGGGACGGUUCGCGGGUCGACCUGGAAGUUAUGUGUACGUCUUCAAUGAUUAUCGCAUGGAGGAGUGCGCACCAGGAGGCUGCCUCAUCGAGUUGUGCAUUCAGCUCAGCAUCAUCAUGCUGGGCAAGCAGCUGAUCCAGAACAACAUCUUUGAAAUCGGGAUCCCGAAGUUGAAGAAGCUGAUCCGCGCGCUGAAGGAGAAGAAGCCGACUCAGAAGAAGGACGAGGAGCGACCUCCCCAGCAGUGGAACCUGGACUACGCGCUGGUUCCGUUUGAAGGCCUCACACCAGAGUACAUGGAGAUGAUUAUCCAGUUUGGUUUUGUGUCUCUGUUUGUGGCGUCGUUCCCCCUGGCCCCGCUCUUCGCCCUGUUGAACAACGUCAUUGAGAUCAGGCUGGAUGCCAGGAAGUUUGUCACAGAGUUACGCCGGCCAGUCGCUGCACGUGCUAAAGACAUCGGCAUAUGGUACAACAUUUUGAGCGGAAUGGGCAAACUGUCGGUAAUAAUAAAUGCCUUUGUGAUCUCCUUCACGUCAGACUUCGUCCCUCGGCUCGUCUACCAGUACAUGUACAGCCAGACGGGCACCAUGCACGGAUUCAUCGACCACACGCUCUCCUUCUUCAACGUUUCCAAUUUCAAGCCUGGCACCGCGCCACACAGCUUGGACCAGGGAGACAUCACUGUCUGCCGGUACAAGGACUACAGGGAACCCCCCUGGUCUUCUGAUGCGUACCAGUUCUCCAAGCAGUACUGGUCCGUCCUGUCUGCAAGACUGGCCUUUGUCAUCUUGUUUCAGAACUUGGUGAUGUUCCUCAGCCUCAUUGUUGCCUGGGUGAUCCCAGACGUCCCCAAGACCAUCGUGGAGCAGCUCAAACGGGAAAAGAAGCUCCUGGUGGAUCUGUUUCUGCAAGAGGAGAAGGAGAAAUUCCAGCUCAUCCAGAGCCUCUUCGUCAAGCCCAACAGCCAGUCGCCCGCGGCGGGCCAGGCCUUCCCCGUUCUGGGCAGAUACAGCACCCUGCCCUCGGGCCCCACGGCCGGAGAUGGAGGGGGGCCGAGGGCGAGGUGCAGGGCCGCCAGCUUCAGUCAGAUCAGCGACAAGAUGUCUUCGUUGCCCAGGAAAGAAAACGCAAACUCAAAGCACACGGCGGUGUGACGCGUUCCGUCCCGAUCGGGGGGAUCAAGCUUAAACGGGGCCUGUAAGCCAACAGACUCGGCCCUUUUCCUGUGUGUUACCUGUAUCGUUUGUGUCCUGGUGUGUGUGACACGGUAGUGCGGUGGUGAUGUCAUCACAGGUCUCCUGCAGAAGUAUAAACUGGUCCUUGCUGGCCUCAGUGUGUGGAUCUUUAACGAACGGCUGUGUGAGUGUGCUGUUCCGACUCGCACGACUGUUCACCUGACAAAGUGUUUUUUUUCCCUUUUUUUUUUUGUACCAACUAUUUAGUGAGGCACAUGAGCUUCAUAGCGUAGAGAAGCAAUAAUUACUAUAUUAGGUUGAAUAAGUGAUCAGGAACCUGGAAGAACUGCAAACCGACGGACUGCUUCGAUAGGAAACACUAACCCACCAACAGACUGACGAACAUCGUGGCUUAAACUUUAGGGCUGUCUGAUCUGUGAUUUUCCUACUUUGUUGUGUUUUUGUUUACAGAUUUUGUAGCUCUCACGACAUUCCACAUUUUCUGGACUGUUUUUAAUUCUCUUUAUAAAUUAGAAAUAACUUUAGAAGCGGUUUACCCAACCAAUCGUGACCGGUGAUGACGGCUGCUGGUUGGUUCUUUUCGACCCGCUCUAGGUACUGAUGGACUGGGAAAAUGCCAAUAUGGCACACUGUGGUGCCGUUCACCUCCUUCCAAGCUGUAGUAUCAGAACUCCAUGAUCUGUGAAGCUGAGAAUCUCUUCUGAGCCAUAAGGAACUUUUGCUGCACUCACCAUGACAAUAAUACACGGGGAUGGCCACCUGUGAAUGAGACGGAGCUGAACUACACUCACUGUGUUUAUGCUAAAUUAAAAGAAAAACUACAUCCACAUUGCUUUGUAAUGACGCAGUGGAGUUCUCCUGGGACCAGGGUUCGGACCGAUGAUCUUUAUGUUGCAUUGGUGAACUUCAAAGUCUUUAACUCUUCAGAGACGCUUCACAGGUUCUUCCAAGAAUUCGCACCCCUCGAGUUUUUUCACAUUUUGUCACAUCGCAUCCACAAAUUUGAAUGUUUAUCAGGAUCUCAUGUGAUAGAACAACACAAAGUAGUUCAUAAUCGUGAAAUGGAAGAAAGAAAAGAACACAUUGUUGUGUUUCCUUGACGUUUUUCUGCAUUGAGUUUGCAUGCUCUCGCAGUUCAAGCAUAGAUUCUCUCCGGUUACUUCUACUUCCUCGCACAGUCCAGAAACAUAACUCUUCAGUUAAAUGGUUUAUUUAAAUUGUCCUUAGGUAUGAGUGUGUGCGUCCAUGGUUCCCUGUUCUGUGCUGAGAUGUACUGGGAACUCGCCUAAGGGUAUUCUGGUAAAAGCCAGACCCUCGUUCUGGACUUUGCUUUGUCCAGAGAGUCUGGCCUCUCGACUGUUGAGAAACAAUCGCUUGCUGGAGGAGUGGACUUUUAAACAACUGGAUCUCAUUUUACCCAGUCGCUAUCAUUUGGCUGUGACAUAUGUAAUGCUCUAGCUUGAUCAAGCUUACCGGAAAUUGUGUGCGCUGUAAGCAACUCCAUGGGGAGUAAUGCCAAGACAUCUUUGCCAGCAAUAAAAUGUCUUAAACAUU